GCCUCGGCAACAUCCACAGUCGUUCCUCGGCCGAGCAACCGUCUGCAUCGCGCGCACUCUCGAAGCGAUUUAAAGCCCAUCCAUCCAUCCAACCCUCGGAGGACCUAAUAUUCGCCACCCAGCAGAGGCGCCACCAAGUCGCGUUCCGCAUCCCCAAAGGAUUCGCAUAAACAUUCCAAGAAAGCCAUGUCAGCGGUGCCGAUGAAAGCCUUUCUGGCUGGUCUCUUCCUGCUGGCCAAUGCCUGGCACAUCACAGCCGUAAAUGAGCAGCACCAGAAGCAUCACCUGCAGUGCUGGCACUGCAGCUCGGACACCAUUGGGGCGGAGGACUUCUGCGACGUGACCUUCCAGGAGGACAACAUUCCCACUGACCUGAUCAAGGAGCGGAACAUCAAUCUGCUGAGGAGCUGCAACGGCACCAUUAACUCCGAUCACGAGCGGGCCGUUUGCCGCAAGACCGUGGAGGAAAAUAAUGGCAAGCUGAUCACCAAGCGGUUCUGCUACUACACCAACAAAUCAGAUCCCGUGGAGCUGUGCAACAUCACCAGUCCGGAGAAGAACGUGCGGCGGAUAUUCUGCGAGGACUGCCUCACCGAUCGCUGCAACGGAGCCUUUGCAGGUGCAUCCAUUUUGGAGAUGCUGCUGCUCCUGCCCAUCGCGGGCCUCAUCCAACAGUUGGCCAUCUAAGCAAAGGAUCCCCAAGUCGAUUUUCAGUUGGAACGUGAUAUUUUGCCUGGCUCUCGGGCCGAGCUGUUGCUGAUUUGCGUUUGCGUUUAGCUCGAAUUAACUUAGUUUCGGGGACACUUGCCCCUCCACUCAUUAGCUUACAUUCAGAUGGAAGUUUAGGGUUCGAUUAUAGGUUUAUAGUUUGCCUGGCCGAGUGCCGAUGUUUGCCAAGCUCAAAGCUCAAAUUCCGAAUGAAAUCCAAUUCAAACUUUUACCAAACAACACAAUACCAUAACGAAAGAAACUAUAAAUAAAUGAAACAAUAAUCAGUAGAGAUUAAACCCCAAGCACAGUAAAUACUCACUUAUUAGUCUAUGUACAGCAUGAUAUUUUAAUGUAAAGAACACAAGCCCUCACCUAUGUAAUUAUCUCAGAAGCUAGACAAACAGAAACACACACUUAAAAUCAAGGUAUUAAAGCACUCGAAUAUACAAAACCGAA